AUGCGACCUGAGCACAUUCCUGGAAGGUUUGUGCCAACGCAACGAAGCGAUGAUGGUGGAUAUCCGAAUCAUAACCAUCACGAGCAAUUCAAUCGUACCAAGUCGGCGGUAUCACUACCCGUCGGCAAAGAAAUGGAUUCAGUUGUCGAAAAAACUCUUUAUGAGAAAGCUAUCGAGCAGCUGAACAAUAACCCUUUUGUAACUAAAGAGGUGGCCAUAGGCCGGAGAAUUGGUUUCUAUCGUCUUGGUAAAGAGCUUGGAGCAGGAAAUUUCUCAAAGGUCAAACUGGGCGUUCAUGUACUAACUAAGGAGAAAGUAGCAGUUAAAGUCAUGGAUAAGUCCAAAAUGGAUCAGAAAGCGCAGAAGCUGUUGAAACGUGAAAUUCAGUCGAUGGAAAAGAUGAACCAUCCAAACAUAAUUCGGUUGUUCGAGUGUGUCGACACUCUGGCACGUGUUCAUUUGGUGUUGGAGUAUGCAAGUGGAGGAGAGUUAUACACUUUUGUUCAUGAGAAAGGAAAGUUGACGGAAACUGAUGCGAGGCCGUUCUUUGCUCAAAUUGUGUCGGCUGUAGCUCAUAUGCACUCUCGCAACUUGGUCCACCGAGACAUCAAAGCUGAAAAUGUGAUGUUUAGCAAUCCAACCCUUGUAAAGUUAGUUGACUUCGGAUUCUCAUGCACCGUCGAUCCAAACAUGCUUCUCGAAACUUUUUGCGGCAGUCCACCGUACGCAGCUCCCGAGUUGUUCAGAGACAAGUCCUACUCUGGAGAUUUAGUUGAUGUAUGGGCUCUCGGAGUUCUCAUGUACUUCAUGUUAGUUGGUACAACCCCUUUCAAAGGGGAGACAGUUUCACAAAUGAAAAAACAAAUCAUGGAGGGCAACUACUAUCUUCCGGAAUACAUUUCUGCAAUGGCAGGAGAGUUAAUCAAGAAUAUGUUGGAAGUGGAUAGUGAGAAGCGAGCUGAUGUGGAUUGGGUAAAGAAGAGUAUUUGGAUGAGAGACUGCCGCUUCACAAAAAGUUACCUGACCAUACAGACCAAUGUGGACUCGGAUGAAGAAUCGGAAAAGGCUGCGGUAAAUGAGAAAGUGUGGAAAAUUAUGAACAACUAUGGGAUCACCGAGGAAAUGUUAGGCGAAGAUGAUGCUGAAACCGGACCCAGAGAUUCAGUGAUUGGUACAUAUCGAAUCGUGCAAUUCCAAGUGCAUCAAGAAAUGAACAAGAAAUCCAAAGGAGCAGGAACGCCACCAACUUCCUCAGCUGCAAAUGGAGCAAACCAAGCAAAAGCAGUUGCUGUGAAGAAAACUCGGAGCAAGGCUUGCUCAAUUUUAUAG